AUGAUCUCUGAUGAAACAUUUGUUGAAAACUCUAGACUUUUCGAAACAGCAAUAAACUGCCAUUAUUUCAUAGUUGACGUGGAAUAUUCAGCGUUAAUUGUGCACAAAAUGCUUGUGAAUCUAAAAACAAUUGACAGAAAGCUCUACGAUGCCAUUCAAGAAAAUCUCAGAGGAGACCUGUUGACUAUUCUUUUUGCUGCUGGGGAAUUAUUUGGCUUGGCCCUUCCCAUCGCUCGAGUCUUAGUUAGGCACGAGAAUGGUGGACAGCUUUGGGGAACUCUCAUCAAAAUCUACGAAGGAGACUUCGACACGCGUUUGAAACGCCCAGAUAACGGGUCUAGAUUGGACAUAUGGAGCAAACCAGCAAGAGAACACACACCAGCAGAAGCAAAUGAAAUAAAAGCCGCUGCAGAAAAGAAGUCACAUCUGAGGGAGAUAGCAAAUGACAAAUACUCUCUCCUUUCUGUCUCCGCCAAAAUGAUCAGCCCUGUUGUCUAUCUGCACAACUUCUUCUCAUUGGGACACUUUGAUAUAAAACCUUCCAAUAUGGUCUUCAAGAAAAAUCGCUCCAUCGAGGUUGUUGCCAUUGACUUUGGCUUGAUAGCUCCGUUGGGUCAAAGAGGUCCCUUGAGAGGGACGGUUGCUUUCACGGCUCCUGAGGUAGAGUGCGCGAAGGAGCCACCUAGCCCUACACAGUCAAUUGCUGUACCUCAGGAAGGAGGUAUUGUGUCAAAGCUUCCCUACCUUGCUUCCUACGACGUAUACGCCCUGGGAUUGACCCUUGGAGUUGCUUGGACCAUGUCUCUUAGUCAUACUAGACGCUUUGUGUGGACCGAGAGAUGCAUUCGUCCCCUUCUUUUGCAAGGGGUCAGCUUGGACUUUGUCGACAUUAGACGACAGUGGGGCCCCCAGGUCUUCACACAAGAAAUACGAAAAAGCUUAAACCGUUGCGUGGAACCCGGAGGCAAAAUGGAGAAAUUGUAUUUGCCAAACAUGCCUUUUUUGAUCAAAACUAAAAUAAGGCAAAUGAUUGAGACCAAUCCUGUCAUCAGAAUAUCUGCCAGUAACGCUUUCGCAUUCGUUGCAGUGGCCCGUGCUUUGGAAGCAGUGCGAGAACGGCCAGUCGAGGAGGCGCAGCAGCUGCUACGGCAGGCACAGGGGACAGUACUUCUGCGUCUGUCUCUUUCUAAGGCAGGAACACGCAGUAUAGAAGUAGGAACUGCCAGGGGAAGACAACAGGCCACAGAGACACUUAGGGCGCUGCUAGAACUUGCAACUUGGAGUCCAAUUCGGGAGGCCGUGGCAUCCUGUGUAGUGCCAAUCCCAGUUGCGACAAUCAUGAGGCUUACUACGCUGCCUAAGGCAGUAGAAGUGGCAGAAGCACAAGAAAAGCUGCCGCGGCUGCUGCACUGGCCGUUGCUGCAGCAGCAAGAGGGACAAAUGAAAGAUAAAAGUUAUGCUGAAUUAAUUGAUGCGGUCUUCGGGGUAGACAUGGAGGGACUCAAUGUAAUAACGCAACAGCAGAUUAUAGACAGAAAGAUGUCUGCUGCCAACUUGUUGAUAUCGAGGUCCGUUCAUCUGUACAUAGAGCGGCAGUUGCUCAUCGACCCUUAUAUUCAACUAGUAGAGGAGACGCCAUCGGAAAGCACGAUUGCAUUUAUUUUAAAGUCUGUGGGGAUUGCUGAUGGAAGAGACAGCGAUAUACUAGCAUAUUUCAAAGACAGGGUGUUUACCUCUUACGUUGCUUGGGCCUCUGCUGACCGCCUUAUUCGCUUGGCUGUUCGCCGUUGCGUUUCUCGGGAUCCUGCUGGAGCUUCUAUACAUGCAAAAUAUUCGGCAGGAGAGGUUGUCGCUGCAGUAGAAAAGCAGCUGCUGCACCAUUGCGUGUGGCAGCAAGUAACACAAAUAAGUAGCGAAACUCACUACGGACCUCCAUGGGGUGUCUCAGCAGCCCUCUUUGAUUUCGGGGCUCCAGAAGAGCAAGUCUCUGUACACUUACGCGAUGUGGUCACACCCAUCCACAUGGAAGCAGCAUGGAGGACGGAGGACGCUUUGUCUUUAUUGCACUUGCAAGUGGAUCGUGCUGUGUCUCGCUUGUGCAUUGUUGCUGCUGGAGUUGCUGCAACAACGGCAGCGUCAGCAGCAGCAACAGCAGCAGCAGCGCUGCCUGAGAAUUCAAAUCUGCGGGAUAUAUAUACGAAAAUUAUGACGGAAAUGCAAAGGGACAACUAUGUCCCCUUUGCGUUUGGAAACCAUCAAGAAAGACCGGAGUAUACUGAGACAAUGUUUAACUUGUCCGUUCUGAACUUCAAAAGAGCAGUUGUUUUCACCGCAGCCAAACGGCAACUCGGCAUCGUCGCUAGCGAGACGCUGAAGAGCAUGAGAAAAAGCCGCAGGUCCGCGGCAACAGUGGAUAGCGUAUUGUCUGACGUACCUGAGUCUAUUCUUGCUUGGGGACGCUACGCAACAGAAGAGGCUAUUGCCAAGAACGUGAUAAGAGAAGUAGUAGAGAAGGAAAUAAAAAUUGCAAACACUCCGAAGAGUAAGCACAGGCGCAAGCGAAGCUCGAAUGCAUGA